GUAAAUUAAACUAGUGCUACACUGGCGUGGAGGGAAGGAUUAAAGAGCAAAGAGCAAAUAAAACUAUUUUUCUUUUCUCCACUCGCUAGUCUUCGUCGCUGUUUCCCACACCAUCUACUUUAUUUGAAACAAACAACAAACACGAACGGUGCUGAGGAAGCAGAAUGGGGAGGAAGGAUGCCAGCGCCACCAAACUACCAGUUGAUCAGUACAGGAAGCAAAUCGGUAAGCAAGACUACAAGAAGACAAAGUCAGUCUUAAAGGCCACGCGGCUCAAAGCUGAAGCCAAGAAGAACUCGUCUGGAUUCAGGGAUGGCUUCCUGGUGCUCGUGGCCAUCGCGUUCUUCGUCGUCUGCGUCUACGCUUUUUUCUACCUCAACCUGAGCAACGAGAUUAACAUGGACGUGGACGUGGACUGAAAGCGGGACUUUUGGGAGCGCAAGGAGGCGUGGCAGGCAGUGUCACAUGACCAGCAGAAGAACAACAAGGUUUUUGUGUGUAGAAAUGCUUUGCGUAAGAUCUGGCAGACAGAGCACGGGUGUCCAACCUUGUCCCACUGAAAAGUCAAAGGACGCCAUUUUAAUGUUUUUCAUUUAGUAAGCAUGCAAAAAUAAAUGAUUCACAGCAAAUAUUUCAAGAGAAACUUUACUUGUUGGUAUCAACAUUUCUCCUUACAUUACACCUCUUUAUUUCCAUUCUUGCUGCUGCAUUCAUUUUAUUUCUACAUUCCUGUGCGCUGCAGGCCCAUAAAAACACAAGCUGUGGCCUGCAAAUGGCCCCCGGACCACACUUUGGUCACCCCACCGCCUGCACAGUGUAAAGAGAACCCGUUCAAGAACUUUAGCAACCAGAUAACAAUUUGGUUUGAUUAUGGGCCUGCUUACUAGGUGCUAGUAUGCUAACUAGUAGCAUGUUGCUAUUUUUGCCAAUAUCCUCGUAUUAAAUUGCAUACAUUUACAUUGCAUGAUUCAAACUGCACUGUUGGUGCUUAGCGCCGCUAUCUCGCUGUAGACACUAGCUUUAGCAUGUUAGCAUUUGGCCCAUCUCAUUGAGAUUUUGAGCUUCAGUCAGCUUGUUGAUAUUUUUGCCAAUAUCCUCAUAUUAAAUUGCAUACAUUUACAUAGCAGGAUGCAAACUACAGCUGUUGGUGCUUAGCACUGCUAUCUCGCUAUAGGCGCUAGCUUUAGCAUUUGGCGCAUCACAUUGAGCUUUUGUAUUUUACCAAGCUUGUUUAUAUUUUUGCCAAUAUCCUCAUAUUAAAUAGUAUACAUUUACAUGGCAUGAUGCUGUUGGUGCUUCGUGCUACCUUGCCAUAGGCACUAGCUUUAGCAUCUGGUGCAUCAUACUGAGAUUUUUUAAUAAAAUAAAUAAAUAUAUAAAUUAAAAAAAUAAAAUAAACAUGUAAUAAAAAAUACAAAUAAUUAAAAAAAAAAUUAAAACAGAACAAAAUAAUUACAAAUAAAUGGAACAUUUGGGAAGCACUGGUUAUCUGGUGGUGCAAAAAAAAAUAAAAAUAGCUGACCCUGUCCAAACGAAAAGAGAUAGAGCUCUUGUACUGGCGCUGUUUAGGUUGCACAGGCGUGCCUAAUAUUGUGGCAGACGCUUCCAAAGCAGUGGUAAAUCAUGGCAGUCACGUCCGCUGAUAGGAGAAAUGUAAAUCUGAUCCCGAGCCUGCCGUCGCAGGGAGACAAUCACAAACUCUUCCUCCUCCCGAUCCCGGCGGGGAUCACAAAGUGUGAGAUUAGAAUCCGCGGAUGCUCUGAUGGCGCGUGUGCGCCGAAUACAAAUCUUCCUCUUCUGCUACCUGCAUCCCAAACAUCUCGGAAUGUCUCCCCAUUCCAGCACGGUGGACGUCAGUACGCGAGGCUUCAUCCAUCUCAGCGCUCCCAUGACCCCUGACCUCUAGUGAAAGACAGCAUGUGAAAGAAAGCAUUAUGAUAAGCCACGCCUCUUCCUGUUCACUCACAUGUGCAACAAUAGACCUUAGUAGACCUUCACACACGUGACACCCGCUGUCGAAAGGUCACGGCGAGCGCCGGCGCCGCCAUCGGCACAGACCCGAGGACCCGCGCGAUGUUUUACCCACUCUAGCCAGGAGAGACGCUCUUCCUUUGCCUUUCAUGCUUUUAUUUGGUACCGCUGGCUUCCUCGUUGGAUGCACACUCACUGGACACCUGAUUAGGUACACCUGCACCCUCACACAACGCUGUCAGCGAGGGAUUUAUUGAAAUAAACCACAAGAAUAACAAGAACCCCGCAGUGACGACCAAAGAAUAAAAUAGUACAAUCCUAAGCAACAAGUCAGGUUUUGACAUGUUUUUUUCCAGAAGAAUAAUCAAGAUAACAGGAGAAAACAAGGCUGUAAGUGACACAAUAUUUGUUGUGUCUAUUGCACAUUUAAAAAUGCAGGGCUUAAAACUCCAAGUAACCAAAUGCUUUUUUUCUCAUUUUAACAUUUCAUUUGAUUUUGCAGAAUAUUUAAUAACUUUUCUUGUAAAAAUUGUUACUUCAGCCUCAUAUUUACACUUUAUCCUUGUAGCACUAUUAUUCUUUUUUUUUUUUUACUUUAUUGUAAUAUUUUUUCUAGUGCAAUUUUUCACUUUAGUAUAGUAAUAUUUCAACUUUAUUGUUGUAUUUUUUCACUGUAGUAUUUCAACUUUAUAGUUGUUUUUCCCCCCAUUUUUCUGUCUUUACUAUUGUAAUAAUUUUCUAGUAAAUGUUUUCACUUUAUUGUAAUAUUUCAGCUUUAUUGUUUUAUUGUUUUUUCCAUUUUCUAUCUUUAAGAAGUUUCAGUUUGUUAUAAUAAUAUUUUAAAUGUAUGCUAUUAUUUUUUCGAUUAUUUUUAUCUUAAUAUUAUUAUAAUUUUCUAUUGCAGUUUUUCACUUACUUAAAAUAAUUUGUUCAACUUUAUUGUUGUAUUAGGUUGUUUUUUUUUCUUUA